AUUGGUUACGUUUAAUAAACGAUAUUCAAAUAAAAUAUGGACACCGGCCCGAAGCAGAGGAGGAUAUUAAAUCCGAGAUUUAAAGCGAAUCUGUUUUCUGUGCUGACAUUCGGUUGGACUCUGGAAACAUUCAAGCUUGGCUACAGUCGAGACAUACGAGAUAAUGAUUUGUAUGCACCAUUACCUGAGCAUCAAUCGGAUAUUUUAGGUGAUGCGAUGCAGAAGGCAUGGGACCGUGAACUUGAGAACUAUAACGACCUUGGUGAAAAUAACAAACCUAGUCUAUGGAGAGUGCUGACGAAGGUGUUUGGCGCAGAACUAAUGCUGUAUGGAUUGAUAUUGGCAGCUAUGGAAUUUUUAAUACGAUUACAACAGCCGCUGUUUCUGGGCCUGUUACUGCGUUAUUACAGUCCAGCUCAAGAUUUAUACAAUAGCACAGUAGAUUCGACAUAUUUCUCCCGGUUGUUCUCGUACUACGACAAGGAGAGCGGCGUGUUAUGGGGCGAAGCAGUAUUCUUUGCCUUCGGCGUGGUCUUCUGCAGCACCGCCAACGUCAUGGUCGCUCAUCCCUUCAUGAUGGGUGUCACACACCUCGGCAUGAAAAUGAGAGUCGGUGUCUGUAGUCUUAUUUAUAGAAAGUCUUUAAAAGUGAGUUUGCAAUCGAUGUCAGAGAACAGCGCGGGGCUUGUUGUCAAUCUCAUGGCGAAUGAUGUUAACCGAUUUGACACCGGACCCUCAUUUAUCCAUUACCUUUGGAUCGGACCGGUUGAAACAAUGCUAAUGACAGUUUACCUAUAUAGAGAAAUGGGUAUAUCCGCGGUGUACGGGGCUCUUAUUGUAAUUGCCGUCGUGCCUUUUCAAAUAUGUCUCGGGGUUGCAACUGCGUUUUACAGAAACCAAACGGCUUUCAAAUCUGACGAAAGAGUUAAAUUAAUGAAAGAGAUCGUGAUGGGGAUUGAGGUGAUCAAAAUGUACACGUGGGAAAUGCCAUUUAGAAAGAUAAUCGAUACCGUAAGACGACAAGAAAUUCGCUGCAUCAAAAUGACGUCAUACAUCCGCGGUCUGAUAAUGUCCUUCAUCAUGUUCACUGCGCGGUUUAGCAUCUUCAUUACGGUUCUUCUGUACGUCACCUACGUGAACCGCAUCACUGUUGAGAACGUAUUCUUCCUCACCUGCUACUAUAAUAUCAUGAGGCAAACUAUGACACUGUUCUUCCCUCAAGCUGUCGGACAAAUAGCUGAAAUGCAUGUUGCAAUACAGAGGAUUAGAGAUUUUUUAUUGAGCGAGGAAUGUGACCUGCCACCUCGCGAGCUGCUGCUCGCCGACACAACCAUACAGGAUAAAAAACCUAAGAAAAGAGUUACCAUUUCAAUUGACCCGGUAGAAAUGAAAAGAAGAUAUUCACCUGUGAGACAUCUACCGGAACCUAGUAGUUCUAAAGGAGUUCCAAAAGAUAAAAGCGAACAUACGAUAAAGCAAGAAAUUAUAAUUAAAUUUGAAAACGCAUUUAGCCGUUGGAUAAAAUCGUCUAAUGAAGAGGAUGUUGAAGAUAUUACUUUUAACAUAAUGUCCGGAUCACUGACGACUGUAAUAGGCGCGGUUGGUUCCGGCAAGUCAACUCUGCUGCACAUGAUGCUGAGCGAAUUGCCGGCUUCCCGCGGCACCGUCAACGUUAACGGCACCCUCAGCUACGCUUGUCAGGAUCCCUGGCUCUUUGUAGGUUCUGUACGUCAAAACAUUCUAUUCGGUCAACCUUUUCAAAAAUCCCGAUACAUGGAGGUUUGCAAAGUGUGCGAAUUAGAAAGGGAUAUAUCGCUCUUUCCUCACGGUGACAAGACUGUAGUCGGCGAACGAGGAGUAUCGCUGAGUGGUGGACAAAGAGCUAGGAUAAAUUUAGCUAGAGCUGUUUACAAAGAGGCUGACAUAUAUUUAUUAGACGACCCACUAUCUGCAGUGGAUACUCAAGUUGCGAGGCAUAUUUUUGAAAAGUGCAUUAAGAGGUAUCUGGCAAGUAAAACAGUCGUACUGGUAACACAUCAAAUACAAUUUAUAAAAUCCGUCGAUCAAAUUAUAAUAAUGGAUAAGGGUAAAAUUCUCGCAGAAGGUGGUUUUGAAGAUUUGAACGAACAAGAACUAGCGAUAAUUCAACUGAUGCAAAAUAAGACACGCGAGGUGCGUGAGGACGAUUCCGUGCCGAACCUGGCCAGCCAGUCCAUGCUGCAAACGAGCGCGGUCAGCCUGUCACGACGAAAUUGGUCCAUUAUCCUGGACGCCAGCGUUGCUGAUCAAAAGCCAGAAGCGGAGGCACAAGCUAUAGGACGAGUUCGCAGCUCGGUAUAUCAAGAAUAUUUUCUGGCAGGGACCUCGUAUAUCUAUGUUUUUAUCGCUGGCAUAUUGUUCUUUUUAGCACAAUUCUUCGCUAGCGCUAGUGAUUUUUGGAUAAGUAAAUGGAGUCAAAUCGAAGACCAUCUAACGGGAGACUCGUCUAUCGAUCGUUUAUUGUGGUCUCAAGGCGGCUUGUACCGCAAACAUUACGUCAUCAUCUUCGGCAUUCUGACCAUUGCUACCGUUGCAAUUGCUCUCUGUCGGGCCUUCAUGUUUUUCUCGCUUUGCAUGAAGUCUUCUAUUAAGUUACAUGAUCAAAUGUUUGACUGCGUGUCACAAUCUCCGAUGAGUUUCUUCCACUCCAAUCCUUCGGGUAGGAUUUUAAAUCGUUUUAGCAAAGACAUGGGGUCUAUAGACGAGCUCCUACCGCAAGCGAUGCUCGAUUGUUUUCAAAUAAUGCUGAACCUGGCUGGUGUCAUAGUGGUUAUAUUAAUGACAGAUAUAACCAUGUUAAUACCUAUAACAACUUCAUUGAUUAUUUUCUACAUAUUUCGUAUCAUAUAUGUACGUACGACCAGCGCUAUAAAACGAUUAGAAGGAAUCACCCGUAGUCCCGUCUUCGGGCACGUCAAUGCGACUGUGCUGGGCCUUGCGACGAUCCGUUCGUUCGGCGCGGAAGGUCUGCUUGCUCAGGAGUUCGACCGGCACCAGGACCUGCACAGCGCCGCCUGGUACCUCUUCAUUACGUGCAGCCGCGCCUUCGGAUACUUCCUCGAUAUCAUCUGUCUUUUGUUCAUCGUCUGUGUUACUUUCAGCUGCUUGAUGAAAACUGAUAAUGAAGGCAGCAACGUAGGUCUUGUAAUCACACAAUCGAUAUCACUAACUGGAGUGUUCCAAUGGGGCAUGCGCCAGUCCGCAGAAAUGGAGAACCAAAUGACGAGCGUCGAAAGAGUUCUGGAAUACACAAAACUCCCGCAAGAGGCCGCCCUGAGAAGUGAAGCAGAGAAAGCGCCGCCAGCAGACUGGCCGCCAGAAGGAGCCUUGACCUUUGACGAUUUAAGUUUGAAAUACACCCCCGAUGGUAAUUACGUACUUCAUAAACUGCAAUUCAACGUAAAACCUCAGGAAAAGAUCGGCAUAGUCGGUAGAACUGGUGCCGGGAAAUCUUCUAUCAUUCAAGCGUUAUUCAGGCUGGCGUAUUUAGAAGGAACCAUUGUAAUAGACGGCGUCGAUAUAUCCACAAUCGGUCUACACGAUUUGAGAGAAAAGAUAUCUAUUAUACCACAGGAACCAGUUUUAUUUAGCGGGACUAUGAGGAAAAAUCUAGAUCCAUUCGAUGAGUACUCAGAUGAAACGCUGUUAAAAGCUCUUAAUAAUGUUGAAUUACUUAAAGCUGACGAGGGCGUUGAAGCACUCUACAAGCAAGUGUCGGAGAGCGGGUGCAACUUCAGCGUGGGCGAGAGGCAGCUGGUGUGCCUGGCGCGCGCCAUCGUGCGGGACGAGCGCGUGCUGCUACUGGAUGAGGCAACCGCCAACGUGGACGCACAAACAGACGCCCUCAUACAAACCGCCAUCCGCCUGCACUUCCAACGCUGCACCGUGCUCACAAUCGCUCACAGGCUCAACACCGUCAUUGACUCCGAUAAAAUAUUAGUGUUAGACGCCGGUCGGCUUAUGGAAUAUGAUCACCCGCAUAUUCUACUGCAGAACAAGAAGGGAUAUUUCCGCAAAAUGGUUGCCGAGACCGGCCCCGCCAUGGCCGCCAUGUUGCACAAAUUGGCUAAAGAGAGCUAUACGAAAGUUGAGAAACAGGAGUAAAGA